AUGGAGAACAGGACAGAGGUGACCGAGUUCCUCUUGCUGGGACUCACCGAUGACCCACACCUGCGGCUUCCCCUCUUCAUCACCUUCCUCCUCAUCUACACCCUCACCAUGGCUGGGAACCUGGGGAUGCUCCUGCUGAUCCUCCUGGACCCUCGUCUGCACACCCCCAUGGAACAAGGUCAUUUCCUACAAUGCCUGUGCUGCCUCAUCUACACCCUCACCAUGGCUGGGAACCUGGGGAUGCUCCUGCUGAUCCUCCUGGACCCUCGUCUGCACACCCCCAUGUACUGUUUCCUGGGUAACUUGUCCCUGGUAGAUUUCUGUUACUCCUCAGUUGUGACUCCCUCAGUCAUGGCUGGGCUUCUUACAGGGAACAAGGUCAUUUCCUACAAUGCCUGUGCUGCUCAGAUGUUCCUCUUUACAACCCUCUCAACUGGUCUCGUCAUGGGCUGCUAUGUCCUUGGUUUCCUGAAUGCCUGCAUCCACACUGGGGAAGCCUUCAGUCAGUCCUUUUGCAGCUCCAACAUGAUCCACCAUUUUUUCUGUGAUGUUCCACCAGUCAUGGCUCUGUCCUGCUCUGACAAACAGGUUACUGAGCUGGUCCUUGUUUAUGAUGUGAGUUUCCAUAUUUUGUUUGCAAUCCUGGUUAUUACAACGUCCUACGUCUUCAUUUUUGGCACCAUCCUAAGGAUGCGCUCCCCUGCAGGACAUCUCAAGGCUCUGUCCACCUGUGCCUCCCACUUCACUGCCGUCUCCAUCUUCUAUGGGACCACAAUGUUCAUGUACCUGCAGCCCAGCUCCAGUCACUCCAUGGACACUGCCAAAAUCGCCUCUGUGUUCUAUACCAUGGUGAUCCCCAUGCUGAAUCCUAUGGUCUACAGCCUGAGGAACAAGGAGGUCAAGAGUGCAUUCUUAAAAGUCAAGCAUGCACUGAUUUAUGGGAGGCCUAGUAGGGUGUAG